AUAACCAACAAAAGUACUUUAAAAUAAGCUUCGAAGCUUAUUAUUUCUAUUGUGUAUUGAUGUUCAAAAAUUUAGUAAGUGAGAAGUAAAAUGCAUCAUAAUUUUAGAAAUGCAGAUAGUCCAGGUGUUUGGGGUUCUCAUUUGCUUCCCUUGUGUUUGCUACCUCUUACAAUUGCUUCAAAUACUGAAACAUCAAAACUCUUAUUUGCCUUUACUUCAGUCCUAUCUAUGUCAUUCUUUCUGAAAGAAUGUACUUGGAAAGAAAAGACAUGUGGAUUUUAUGCUAGCGUCAUUUUUUCUUGUCUUCUCUCAACUCCUGUAUCUGCAUUGAUAUCAUGGUAUACAGAAUCUAAGUUUUCAGUCAUCUAUAUUGUGUGCCUUCUGACCAUCUUGUAUUAUAACAGUCUAGCUUCAAGCAUAAUGAUAAGCUGCCCUAGAAGUUUUACAGUUGGAGAAUUGCAAAUUAUAUCCCAAACUAUCACUUUGGUUCUUCUCUUUACUGUGAUUUCUAUCUUACUCAGGAAUGAUUACAUAACUUCAGCGAGAGCUGUUCAUCCACUUUUAGAUUCAACCAAAUUUUUGCAGAUUCUCUUGUCUGGUAGCAUAUUCUUAAUGCACAUUUUCCACAAGGUUCCUUAUCUGACUAUUGGAAAAGUUAUGAGCAUUACAUUUUUAGUGUUUGCUCCUCUUUUGAUCACAAGUUGGUCGGUUUACCUUCAGCGAAAUCCGAUUAUUUGGCUUAUCAGUUUUUGCCUAAAGAAUGAAAAAAGAAAAUACCUCAUCAUUUUUUGGAUAUUUUGUUCAUUGGCAGCUAUUAUUUUUGUAAUAGUAUACAAUAUAAAGCCAAGGAAAAUCAAGCUCACAAUUGUUAGAAAAUAUUUUCAUUUUGUUAUUGAUGCUGUGUUUAUUUCUGGGAUGUUUUAUGAUCCUGAACUCCUGUACCUUGCAUCUGCUAUAGCAUUGACAGUUUUUGUUUUUCUGGAAGCAUGCAGAUUAGUGAAAAUACCCUUUAUAGGCUCUGUUAUUGAUGAUGCUUUCAGAGUAUUUUUAGAUGAAAAAGAUGCUGGAACUUUGAUUUUGACUCAUAUUUAUCUUUUAGUGGGAUGUUCUUUACCAAUAUGGCUAUAUGGUUUCACACAACCAAAAAUAGGCUACCAUAUUUGCCAGUUGAGUGGAAUCAUUUCUGUAGGCUUUGGUGAUACAUUGGCAGCUUUAUAUGGAGCUUCCUACGGAAAGCAUUUUUGGAAAGGUUCCAACAAAACUUUAGAAGGAACUGUCAGUGCAAUUGUCAUUCAGCUUCUUUGUGCUUUUCUUUUUCUGUCAUAUGGUCAUGAAUUUUCUGAAAAAAAUAUUCUCCUAAUAAUAUUAGCAGUGAUUUUCACUUCUAUCCUUGAAGCAAAAACUGCACAAAUAGAUAAUUUAAUUCUUCCAUUAUUUAUGCUUUUAUUUCUUGCAUGGAUCUCAUGAACAUUGAAUGAUUUAAAUGCAAUCAGAUGUGAUAAAAUGUUAUAUUUUAUUGGAAAUAAAUAUAUUUUUAUAAAAAUUAAUUUUAAAUAUUUUUGUGAUAAUAAAAUUAACUAUUAAAUGGCAUGUUUUUGUGUGUGUAUGAUUGUAUUUAAAGAACAAUGAAUAAUUCAAAAGCCAUCAGAUGUGAUAAAAUGUUAUUCUAUUGCCAAUAAAUAUGUUUUUAAUAAAAAUUAAUACAAAAUAUUUUGUAAUAAUAAAAUGCAAUAUGAAAUGAUAUAGACGUUUAUAGUUUUUUUCUUUCAUUUACAUUUAAAUUCAAGUACAAAAACUUGUACAAUGAGAUAUUUGGAAAAAAAAAAUUUAAAAUAUAGGUAUUAACAAUUUGAUAGGCAUUUAAAUACAAAAUACACAUGAGGAUAAUUUCUGGUUAACGUUUCUACAUUAUUUUGCUACAUCCAUCCCUGGAUCAAGUUCUUGGCAGCUAUUAUCAAAUCACUGUCUGAAGUCUACCACCCUUUUCCCAGUUAGUUACUAAGGACCAAAUCUAGGUCGCAGUAACUCUAGAUCUCCCCUUGAACUUUUGUAAAAAUUCUUGAGUUUAGCAAGUAGUAUCGGCCUUACAGUGGUGGUAAAAAAAAAAAAUUGCAUCACCCGCGCUGCAAAGGAGAGGAAUAUCAUCCCGACUGCAUUCAACACACAGUCAAGCAUCCCGUAUCCCAGAUGAUUUGGGGAUGUAUUUCUGAUCAAGGAGUUGGUGGGCUUCACUUUGUGUAAGGAACAGUAAACGCUCAGGUGUAUAUUGGCAUUUUGGAGGAGAAAUUGCUUCCUAUACUAUCCGGGAUCACUUGACUUCAGUUCAAAACAUCAUUUUCCACGAUGAUUCUGCUCCGUGCCAUAAGGCAAAACUGGUAAAUAACAAUUUAAAAAGCUUUAUUCUGUCAGAGGUAAAUUGAUAUGGGGUUAAGUAAUUUUUUUUUCUCUAAACUCACACGCAGGUUCAGAAAUGGAAAAAUGAGCAUGGGGUCUACAGUUUGCCUUGGCCUGGAAACAGCCCCAAUCUACGUAAACAAUUAUCGGAUUCCUGCUGUUAAAUGUUUAUUUCAUAAGUUUUGCAGAAUUUCACAUACAUUCAUCGUUAAUCAGUGGACCAAAACUUCUCACAUAAUUUCAUUGUUGUGAAAAUGCGAGGGUGAUGCAAUUUUUUUUACCAGCACUGUAUAUCCACCAUGUCCAUACUUUUAGCAUGAUACCUUGGGAUUGCCAUAGAGCAUGAGAGUAAGAUGAACCCAUGAAGCAAGCCGAGGAUUGAGCACAGGUUGUCUUGGUGAAAGACAGUGUCUUAACCGCUAGUCCUUAUACUGCCUCGAGCAGGUAAACGGCAGUAUCUGCAGAAAUGAGUUUUUGAGAUAUUUGAAGAAAUGUGGAUUCAAUACUAACAAUAAGAAAAUGUUGAAAUUAGAUCUUUUUUUCGAGCCUUUUUUCAGAGAAAACCAGAUAAGCGAGCUUGUACAAUAAUAACAUACAAUAGAAGACACGAAUGCCAAAAAACAAAAGGAAAAUUUUGCCGUUACUGUCCUUUACCUGAUCACGGCAGCAUAGGACUCAGUAUGGGGUCUGGCAUGGUCAUGCAGGAGGAUGCCACCAUCUCUCAACAUGCCAGGGCAUUUGUGCUCAUGCCCCACAAGAAAGGGACCACAGUUCACAACUCCACCUUUCUAAAUGUCUUGCUGUUUCAGUUGCUCUGAAACAUUAGCAAACUUACACUACCUGGCUGCACAAAUGCUGUAAAGUAACUUGCUCCACCUGUCUCUACACUGGAGGUAAAUUUUUCCAUACAUUUAUUUUUAAAAAGCUACAGCUUCUAACAUUUUUCUUUCUUGAUUCACCUUUACGGAAAUAAAAGUAUAACUUACAGGAACACUUUUAGAACAAGACAGUUGUAGUCUUAGUUGUAAUAUGAGUAAAAAAAAAAUUAAAUAGUAUUUAAGUAUAAAAAUCAUUUAAAUGUAUAGAUUAUUUAGGAAUGAAUCUAGAAUUCUAAGAUU